AUGAAUACCCAAACCCAACAAUCUUCUUCAAAAAGUCUACUAAAUAAUUGUCCUCACCCAACAGACAGUACUUGUUUCCCAACCUCAACAAUUCAAACGCCAACCAUUUUUGAAAGUAUUAAUGGGGCUAAUGAUUUGGAUAAAUUAAAAAUUUACAAAUACAAAAGUGUUUAUGGAGAAACUGUUAAAUGCCAAGUUAUUGCUAAAGAAGUAAAAGAAACUACAAAAAAUGAUAAAAGCCAACAAGAAUUGUCAAAAUAUGGAAAUGUUAAUAAAAGUGCUUCUCACUCAUUUUUGCCGGGAUUGGGCUGUGCUUUGGUUGCAUUGUUUGAAGGCAAAGGAAGUGAUCGAGGACAAAUUGGAAUGGCCACAUUUGAUUUAAAAUCUUCAGAACUUGUACUUUGCCAAUUUGUUGAUACAAGCUCUUAUUCUUUGCUUAAAAUUAGAUUGAGUCUUUGCGAGCCGUUGGAGAUUAUUUUGCCUGACGAUAAAGAAAAAACUUCCUCAAAAGUAUUUAUUAUGGAUUUACUUCAAGACACCUGCAAAAGAGCAAAUAUUGUCCCAAUUCAACGAAAAUGCUUUAAUGAUGCUUUGGGUAUUGAAUUGUUGAAGAAAAUAUUUUUGGAAGAAUGCUCUAAUUUGGAUGCUUCUGUUUAUCAAAGCGUUGUUGGUGACCGUUUAGUUCUUGCCUGUGCUCAAAUGUCCUCAAAGUCCCCAUUUGACCCGCCAAAGACGAAAAUUAAACGGUCGCCAAUAAACUUAAUUUUCGAGCUGAAAUUGGGAGAUAUAUGUGGUCAAAAUCUCUCAAUCUUUUUGAGAUUGAUGUGA